AUCCUAGUGCCAAAACUUACAUGAAGUACAAUGGCCUCGACCCAAGAUGGCGGCCGUUUCGAAAAAAGUAAAGCACCGAAUUUGCAUGGUUUGUGACUUCUUCUACCCAAACAUGGGCGGUGUGGAGAGUCAUAUUUACCAAGUUUCACAGUGUCUUAUAAACAGAGGACACAAGGUCGUCAUAAUAACUCAUGCUUAUGAAGAUAGAGUUGGUGUCCGAUAUUUAUCAAACUUUUUAAAGGUUUAUUAUCUCCCGUUUACAGUUUUCUAUAACCAGUGUGUUCUACCAACAAUGUUCACAACACUACCUUUGAUGAGGGAUAUCUGUGUCAGGGAGAAAAUUACGAUACUUCAUGGACACUCGGCUUUUUCGACGCUAUGCCAUGAUGCACUUCUCCAUGCAAACUCGAUGGGGAUGAAAUCUGUAUUUACUGAUCAUUCUCUGUUUGGAUUUGCCGAUGCAAGCUCGAUCAUUACAAACAAAUUCUUGGAGUUCUCACUUGCCAAUGCUGACCACAUGAUUUGCGUAUCUAAUACAAGCAAAGAAAAUACUGUAUUGCGAGCUAAAGUUAGUCCUCAGCUUGUGUCAGUCAUACCAAAUGCCAUUGAUUCCUUCUCAUUCACUCCAGACCCAUCAAAACGAAAUCCUGAUUUCAUAACAGUUGUUGUGGUCAGUAGACUGGUCUAUCGGAAAGGCAUGGACCUUUUGGCAUCGAUAAUACCUCUGGUCUGCUCCAAGUUUUCAAAUGUUCAAUUCUUAAUAGGUGGCGAGGGACCAAAGCGAAUUAUCCUCGAGGAAGUGAGAGAGCAACAUCAACUACACGAUAGAGUUCAACUUCUGGGAAGUUUGAAGCAUGAACACGUUCGUGACGUCUUAGUUCAAGGGGAUAUUUUCCUAAACACAUCGUUAACGGAGGCUUUUUGCAUUGCAAUCGUAGAAGCAGCUAGCUGCGGACUACAGGUUAUUAGUACUAAAGUCGGUGGCGUCCCGGAAGUUCUGCCUCAGGACAUGAUAAAACUUGUAGAACCAAAUGUACCAGAUUUGGUGGUUGCUCUCGAACAGGCCAUUAAAGCCACGAAGAAUGGCGAGGUGGUUUCACCAACAACAGCUCACGAACGUGUCAAAGAAAUGUACACCUGGGAUAAAGUUGCGAAAAGGACAGAAAAGGUGUAUGACAGUAUUUCAACCUGUGCUGUACCGCCAUUAGAGGAAAAACUGAAGAGAUGGUAUGAGUGUGGACCGAUAGCAGGCAAAAUCUAUUGUUUCCUCGCCAUUAUUGACCUGCUGUUGCUCUUACUUUUGAACUGGCUUAUUCCACGACAGUUGAUUGACACAGCACCCGAAAUCAGACGAGGUCAAAGUAAAGGGACAAGGUAACAGUAGAAUGACGUCAUUUUCGGUAGUGACGUCAUGUCCAAGUCCAGUUAACGGUCAGUGAUAUAAACGGUCAGUGAUACUCUAAGAAAUAGGAUUUAAUAUGCACUACCAUUGAGAAUUCGACUGUUUAGAUCGAAAUAUUUGAACCCAGUUGUUCAGUAAAUGGAGAAUAUUACAUGGAUGCUUGGAAA